AUGGAAUUAAGCCGAGCAUGGACGGCGGACACACGACCAAGAGAUAGGACAACAGAGACUGACUGGUCGAGUCAGUGGGAUACGCUGGGGGGGGAGUGUUCGUCUCUGGGUAUUGGCCUUGGCUCGAGCAGCAAACUUGGCGGUGACGAUGGGGGCUUGUUGGUGGGCGGAAUGACACCGAACAAGGUAAAGAGACGGCCGGCCGUCUUCCGAUGGUGUGUCGUCGUCCGGCGUUGCUGUGUCCCUCCCCUGCCCUCCCCUCCGCCGUCCGCCAUCGUCGGGGAGUGGAAAUGCAAGCUACACCAUUGCAGGAUAAGCGCGGAAGAGCCUCAUCUGUGCAAUGUUGUAGUGUCACUCGACUCCAACGUAGACGACGACGACGACGACGACGACGACGACGACAACAACAACAACAAUCUUUUCGGCCGCGUCGUCAGCCAGCCAGGAGCGCCCUUUGAGUGGGAAGGAUUCUUGGUCCCAAGUCUCCCAAGACCUCCCAAGGCUCGUUACCAGCUUGCCGAGAGGCCCCAGAGCAACACCAGAGGACUGAGAUGCCCGCCCGGCAAGCGUCAGACAUGA